AUGGUAUCGACUUACAUCUUGGGCAUCGCUGCCUUGGCGGUGCUAGCCGGAGCCCAGUCGACGACGUCAACGGACCCGAUUACGCCGACGCCAUUUUAUAGUACGAUCACGACGACUCGGACAAGAGCCGCGACAGUGAAAGCCACGGGGGCGGCCGAGACUCACACUGUCGCUGUUGGUGCUUCUGGGUACUCAUUCUCACCGUCAAAAGUGACAGCCAACGUCGGUGACACGAUAGAAUGGAUUUUCUACCCCGAUGGACACUCAGUCAUCCGCUCGGAGUUCGGUUACCCUUGCACGCCUUAUGAAUAUAUCGACAUUGGUCGACAGGGCUUCUACAGCGGCCCUGAACCUGUCAAGGCUAUCACGAACGAUAUGCCAAGAUUCAGAGUCCGCGUCAACGACACCGACCCCAUCUUCUUCUACUGCGGCGCCCCAGGCUCAUGCUACAAGGAGAAGAUGAUCGGCGUCAUCAACGAGAACUCAACCCAAACCCUCGACAAGCAACUCGAAGCGGCCCUCCCCCUAACAACCCAGAUCCUCCCCGGCGAGCCCUUCCCAACCGAGUCCGACGCCUCCCGCAACGACCACCACCACCUCAGCGGCGGCGCCAUCGCCGGCAUCGUCAUCGGCUGCGCCGCCUUCCUCAUCCUCGGCGGCCUCCUCGUCUACCUCUGCGGGCGCCGCGGCGGUCUCAAGCGCGCCUACCGGCAGCCCCCGCAGUCAGGCCAGGCAGGAGAGGUAGAGGCCUCGUACCCGCCCGUGACGGAGGUAAACUACAGCGCGCAGCCCAAGAGCCCCGCGACGCAAGGGUGGCGGAACAGCCAUUACAGCGAGCUCAGCGGGACGUACCGCGACCAGCCCACGCCCAUCGGCGGGUUCCCCGGCGCCAGCCCCCCGAUGAGCCCCCAGCCGCAUUCCAUGCAGGCCUACUACGACCCCCGCAUUUCGUCAAUAGCGCCGAGUAUCGCCGUCGAGGCCCCGGACAACCAAGCCGCGGCCCCACCACCGGCUGCCGCGCCGGAGGCUGCGCCCGUCGAGCUUCCGGCGUCCGCUGACCCGGGUAACUCCCCGCUCCCCGCGUACAAGCCGCGGUUCUCGUUUGCGGGGCAGGAAGCUGACUAUCGGCCAAGUAAGGAACAAUCUUAG